CGCACACUUCACAGUGCUCGCUGAGGGACUGAAUCAGGCAUGUGAAGAGGAUUUAGUUUCACUGCACGGCUGAAUUUUUAGUGGGUUAUUUUCUUUAGUUACACUCUCUCAUCAAGAGGGACACUGGAUGAUGGAAUGGCUAUAAACAGAUUUUGUGGGAGAAAUAUGAGAGCCCAUCUCUCCGGCUUUUCCCUAUUACUACUUUGCUUACUUAACUGUUGUGCACAGCAUCAGCCUCCUGAAUCACAAGUUUUUCAGUUCACCAGGUCUGGCUACAAUGCUGCUAUUUAUGAGAACUCUCCAGCUCGGUCCUACCUAAGGAGUGAGGUCAAAAUGGGGAUAAUUCUGUCACAGCCCAUCUCGUGGGAUAUUGAAUAUUCCAUCGUGUCAGGGGAUGACGAAGGGUUGUUUGAAGCUGAGAAGUAUGUUCUAGGAGACUUCUGUUUUCUACGCAUACAUACUAAGGGUGAAAGUUCUGACAUUUUGAACCGUGAGAUAAAGGACAACUACACAUUAAGUGUAAGAGCUACAGCUAGUGGUGGUCUGAAGGCAUCUACAGAAGUCAAUGUGCAAGUCAUGGAUAUGAAUGACCUUCGACCUUUAUUCUCACCUACCACUUAUAUCAUCACUGUACCUGAAAGCACCCCACUGGGGGCCAGCGUUGCCCAGGUCACUGCAACUGAUGCUGACAUAGGCUUCAAUGGUGAAUUCUAUUAUUUCUUCAGGAAAUUAGUGGAGGAGUUUGCUGUCCAUCCCACAAGUGGCAUUAUAUAUCUUACAGCCAAACCCAGUGCUGAUGAGAAUACAAAAUUUGAGCUUGAGGUGCUGGCAGUUGAUCGUGGAAUGAAAGUUUAUGAGAACAAUGGUGUGAGCAGCACAGCAAAAGUAACGAUCAACAUCAUACGUGUUAAUGAAUUUUCACCAACGCUAAAUGUGGUUGCACUUGUCCCAUCUUUAACAGACAAAGAGCCAGUGUAUGCUGUGGUCACAGUGGAGGAUCUGGAUGAAGGUCCAAAUGGGGAAAUUGAGUGGGUUUGUGUCAUCGAAGGUGACCCACUGGAGCAGUUUGUUCUCAAGAAAGCACCACGUGGCAAUGAUUACUUGCUGAAAAUGUCUGAACCAGCAGACUGGAAUACAUUUCCAUAUGCCUAUAAUCUCACUUUUCAAGCCAAAGACAGAGGCAUACCUCCAAAGUUUUCCAACACUCAGAUUCUUCAAUUCUUGGUAAAAAGGCCAGAGCCUGUGCUUUUUAAAUUUGAGGAAGAUAUUUACAGUGCAACAGUUAAUGAGAUGGCUCCUCCUGGGACUAUCAUACAGACUGUCGCAAUCUCUCCUAACCCACAGUAUGUCACCUAUAGUUUAAGCCAUACUUUGGAUUCCACAUACUUCAGUAUUAAUACAUUUACUGGUGUCAUCUCAACAUUAAAGCCAUUUACCAUGCUAGGACAACAGCUUUUUCAACUAGAGGUAAUAGAGGCUGUGAGUGGUCUGAGCGCCAAAGUACAGAUCACUGUGGAGGAUGCUAAUGAUAACGUUCCAACAUUCACCCAAGCAUCCUACAAAGUGUCUGUCAGCGAGAAUACUCCAACUGAUACUGUUAUACUUGUCGUAUCAGCAGUAGAUGAUGACCAAGGGGAUAAUGGAUGCAUAACAUACAGUAUACCGAGACUUCAGCCUCUGCCCUUCACAAUUAACCAGAAUACAGGUGAACUAAUGACAUCAAAAGAACUUGAUUUUGAGUCAGCUUUGGAAACAUAUGUUUUCCCUGUCCGGGCUUCUGACUGGGGCUUGCCUUAUAGAAGAGAGAGUGAGGUAAAUGUCACAGUACAAAUCUUGAACAUCAACGACAAUCCACCCCUCUUUGAACGUGUGUCAUGUAAAGGAAUAAUUUCUCAAGAGUUCACUGUAGGACAGACAAUAAUCACUUUUUCUGCUAUUGACAUUGAUGAGCUUGGUUUGGUAAAAUAUAAGAUAUUGUCUGGAAAUGAACAGGGCAUCUUCAGUUUGAAUCCAGACUCUGGGAUGCUGUCACUGAGGAAGUCCCUUGUUGGCACUAAUGUUAAAAAUGAACUGUUCAGUUUGAAAAUAACAGCCACAGAUGGCGAGUUAUUCUCUGAGCCCACCCUCGUCAACAUAACAGUUGUGAAAGGGAAAGCUUCGUCCAGGAAUUUUAAUUGUAAUGACACAAAAGUUGGCCAAAAAAUAGCUGAACAGCUUCUCAAAAAAGCCAGUGCAAUAGACAUAUCUAAGGCUGAAGAGGGUUACAGUGACCUACAUUCUGUCAACCGUCACACACCUCAGUUUGAAUCAUUUCCCUCUGCUAUAGUAGUUCGUGAAGAUUUGCCUGUUGGGUCAACUGUCAUUAAAGUGAACACCAUUGACAAAGAUACAGGCUUCAAUGCUCGCAUUCUCCACGUUAUAUCAGAUGGAAAUACUGACAGCUGUUUCAAUAUUGAUAUGGAAACUGGUGUGAUUUAUAUCUAUCAGCCACUGGAUCGUGAAAGGUCAGACCGGUACCUCCUUAAUAUAAGUAUAUAUGACAUGGGUCUGCUUCAGAGGUCUAGUUGGCGGCUGUUAACUGUAAACAUUGAUGAUGUAAAUGAUAAUAGCCCUCAGUUCUCCUUGGAGAGCUACACUGCAGUGGUGCCAGAGAACACAGCCAUUGGCACAGAAGUGAUCCAAAUUGUAGCCUCGGAUAUUGACCUGGAUCGUAACGGUGAAAUCUUUUACACAUUAUUGACCAGUACACCUCUUUUCAUCAUUAACAGUGCCACUGGGUGGGUCUAUGUUUCUGGCCAGUUGGACAGAGAGUCCUUGUCAGAUAUUACCUUGAAAAUUGAAGCCAGAGACAAGGCAGAGAGAGGGAAUCAAAAAUCCUCAGUGACAACUCUAAAGGUCUACCUGGAGGAUUUGAAUGACUGCCCACCCAUGUUUAUUCCCAAGAGUUAUACCUGCCAUGUACAGGAAGACAUUCCUGUAGGCACUGUCAUCACAUGGUUGCAAACCCAAGAUCCUGACCUUGGACUAGGGGGGAAAGUCAAUUAUUUCCUGACCAAUGACUUCAAUGGGACAUUCAAGGUUAAUAUGGAGAGUGGAGCUGUCAAGGUGGCCAAAGAACUGGACUUUGAAAAGCAGCAGUUCUACAAUCUCUCUGUGGUUGCAGAGGAUUGUGAUUUUUCUGCUCAGCUUCGUUCAUUCUCUUACAUUGAGGUGGAAGUGGUUGAUGUUAAUGAAAACUUCAACAAGCCCAGCUUUUCUGAAUUUGCAAUGAAAGCCACUGUUAAGGAGAACUCACACCUUGGAACAAGUGUGGUUCAAGUCACUGCUAAGGACAAUGACAAGGGCAGGGAUGGCCUACUAAGAUACUCAAUCAAAUCUGGAAGUGGCCUUGGCAGGUUCUUCAUUGACGAAGAGACUGGAGUGAUCUACACUUCUAGUAUUCUAGACAGUGAGAGGGAGGACUCUUACUGGCUGACUGUCUACGCCACAGACCAAGGGGUUGUGCCACUCUCUACCUCCAUCGAGGUGUAUGUCCAGGUGGAGGAUGUCAACGAUAAUGCCCCUUUGACCUCUGAGCCAAUCUAUCAUCCUUAUGUCUUGGAGAAUUCACCCAAAGAUGUUUCAGUGGUGCGUGUACAGGCCAAUGACCCUGACAUCAGUUCUUUUGCCAACCAUCUCACGUACCGCAUCACUGCUGGAAACCCACAAAACUUCUUCACCAUCAAUUCCAAGACAGGUCUCAUCACUACAACAUCAAGAAAACUGGAUAGAGAGCAGCAAGCUGAGCACUUUUUGGAGGUUACCAUUACAGAUGGCAGUGUUGUCUCCAGGCAGUCUACAGUGUGGGUAAUAGUGCAUAUUCAAGAUGAGAAUGACAACACACCAGAGUUCCCCCAGAGAGUCUACUGUGUAAGUCUCCCAGAACGGGACCGGAGCAAACGUGGCGAUCCUGUCUAUAGAGUCUUUGCAUACGACUUGGAUGAAGGGCCUAAUGCAGAACUCACAUACAGCAUAGUGGAUGGAAAUGAAGAUGGGAAGUUCUUCAUUGAUACCAAAACUGCGAUGGUGUACUCCAGAAAGAUGGUAACAGCAGGGGCUUAUGACCUCCUCACGAUAAAAGCCAUGGACAAUGGGAUCCCACAGAAGUGGUCAACUGUGCAGCUACGUGUUGAGUGGAUCAGAAAACUUUUGCCUUUGCCACAAGCCUUGCAGUUCAUUGUGGCUAGCUACAACUUUACUAUUGCAGAGAAUGCUAAAGUUUUUGAAAAUGUGGGCACCAUCUUUGUACAGCAAACAGAAACACCCCUCUGGUUUGAUAUAAUCGGUGGGACAUCACAGGAGAUGUUUUACAUCCCCCAAAUUUACCAUGCUAGAAACUGCACAACCAGCACAGUAAAAGGAAACUAUGAUGGAGCGUUUGACUUCCAGAGGGGAAUGGGGACUAUAGUUUUGGUGAAGCCGCUGGAUGCAGAAAAUCAGUCACUUUACAACUUGACUGUUCAGGUGACUGAUGGGAUAAAUACAGCAACCACACAGGUUCAUAUCAGAGUUUUGGACUACAAUGAUAACACUCCAGUGUUCUCCCAACCUGUAUAUCCGGUCUCAGUUUUAGAGAACAUACCAGUGAACACUGAGGUUCUGCGUGUCAAAGCCACAGAUAGUGAUGAACGAGCCAAGCUGAGUUAUUCAAUUCAUGGUAGUGUGGAUCUGGUCAGCAUGCGCAUGUUUCGGAUUGAUGUUGGCACUGGUGUCAUUUACACUGCUGAUGUUUUGGACUAUGAGGCAUGCACUCAGCAUAUCCUUACUAUUAUGGUGAAAGAUCAGGAAUUCCCCUACCACAGAGAUCUGGCUCGGAUCAUAGUGAAUAUAGAGGAUUCCAAUGACCAGAGUCCUUUUUUUACACGAACAGUGUAUGAAGGGGUGGUAACUGACUCUGCCUUUCUUGGGAUACCUGUUGUACAGGUCUCAGCCUUGGACAGAGACACAGGGAUGAAUAAAGACCUGGUAUACUCGAUUGAAGCAGGUAACACAGGAGGUGCAUUUGGGAUUGAUUCACUGUCUGGCACCAUUUCAGUGGCCAGAGAGCUGGACUUAACAUUUGUUGGCCCUUACAUCCUUACUGUUCGUGCCACAGAUGGAGGCAAUCCAGCACUAAGUGCCACAGCUGCUGUCAGAAUUGCCAUCUCACUCUCAAACUUCUCUAGUCCCAAAUUUACCCGACAAGAGUACCAGGCUGAGAUCCCUGAGAAUGUGCCUGUUGGAGCCUUUGUUACUAAUAUCACAGCAAUAAGCCCCUCAGAACUCAUUUACAAUAUAGUGCAGGGGAAUAAUGAGAAGAUAUUUGGAAUCAACCACUACACAGGUGUAAUUGUGACUCAGAAGUCCAUAGAUUUUGAAACCACAGCAUUCUACAUAUUGGUUAUCCAGGCUGUCAGCAUGGCAGGGAUUGUUUCCAAUGCUACACUUAACAUUCAAGUGGUUGAUCAGAAUGAUAAUGCACCUCAAUUUCAACAGCUGUGCUACUCGGGGAGCAUUAGUGAAGCAGCCCCCAUCAACAGUGUGGUUUUAGGUGAGGAUGGAAGUCCCCUAGUGGUCCAAGCCAUUGAUUUUGAUAGGAACCAGAAUUCUCUAUUAGUCUUUAAUAUUGUUGAAGACAUGGCUAAAUUAUUCUUCACUGUUGACUCUGGUACUGGAUCAAUCAGAAACAUUGCCAGUGUGGACUAUGAGACCUUUAGUGAGUUUUACUUUCAUGUAAGUGUCAGGGAUAGUGGUAGCCCAGAGUUGACUGCAGAGAGUCCAGCUAAAGUUUUAAUAAAGGUUGUAAACAUUAAUGAUUCUCCUCCCAGAUUCUCUCAGGAGAACUAUGAUACUGUUCUGCUGCUUCCUACAUAUUCUGGCAUAGAGGUUUUGAGAGUGGAGGCAUCUGACCCUGACAUGAUUACAAAUUCAAUUUAUUAUUUUGCUGACAACAACUUGGAGCCCUUUGCCAUUGAUCCCAGCACUGGCAUCCUUACAGUCAAAAACAGCAAACUGUCCAAAGACCGCUACUGUUUCAACAUAAAGGCGUCAGAUGGGCGUUACUCCUGCACUGCUCUUGUGACAGUAAUAGUUCGUGAGGCUAUGGACAGUGGCCUUUUGUUCAGUCAGCCUUCAUACUCCUCCUCUGUGCUGGAGAACACCUCAAACAUAUCUACCUUAAUGGUGGUCAAUGCUAUAGGGAACUAUCUGAAUGAGCCAAUCAAAUAUGCAGUGUUAAAUGCAGGGAUCCACUUUACAAUUGGACCCACAUCUGGGGUCAUACAGACCACGGGGAUCUCAUUUGAUUGUGAAGAGCAAGAGGUCUAUGAGUUGGUGGUGGAGGCGAGUCGCGAGUAUGACUGGCUGAGAGUUGCCAGGGUGAUUGUACAAGUGCAAGUUGAAGACAUCAAUGAUAAUGCUCCUGAGUUUGUUGACCUACCGUACUAUGCUGCAGUGCAGGUUGAUGCACAAAUUGGCUCAUAUAUAUUUCAAGUGUCAGCCAAAGACUUGGACAAAGGAAUGAAUGGGAUGGUUUCCUAUGAGCUUGAGGAUGAGCAUAGCUAUUUUGAGCUAAACAAUACAACAGGUGAACUCAUCCUUCAAAAAACCUUUGUAGCAGACAUGUCCAAUGUUGAAUACUCACUGGUCAUUAUUGCGCGUGAUGCUGGCUACCCCUCCCUUUUUACUACAGUAGAACUCACAGUCACAGUAGUUAACAAAGCCAUGCCUGUUUUUGACAAACGUUUUUAUGGUAUUUUUGUUAGAGAGGACAUACCUGUGUCAACCCCAAUUCUAAAGAUUAAUGCUGUGAGUCCUGAAGGACAGAGUAUCAUUUACACUAUUGUGAAUUGGGAUCCCUCUCUUCAGUUUGACAUUGGUUUUGAGAGUGGUGUGAUCAGUGUAAUUUACCCCUUAGAUUAUGAGACUAUUCCCUAUUACAAGCUAAGAGUCAGGUCCACUGAUAUGUUCAGUGGAGCUACAUCAGAGGUGGAUGUUAACAUUAAUAUUUUAGAUGUAAAUGACAAUGCCCCUGUAUUUGAAAAAGCCUCAUAUACUGUUACUCUGGCUGAGAACUCAAUGACUGGGACUGCAGUGAUACAACUCUUGGCUACAGACAGUGAAUCUGAAAAUUGUGCUAUUCGCUAUGAGAUUCUCUCAGAUGCUUUGAAAAACACAGACUACUUUGACAUUGACGGCACCACUGGUCUUAUUGUUAUCGCCCGUCUUUUGGACUAUGAACUUAUACAACGCUAUAGCUUUAUUGUCCAAGCAACAGACAGUGGCUCUCCAGCCCAGAGCAGUGAGGUCACCAUUACUGUCUUAGUAAAUGACACAAAUGACAACCCUCCAUUCUUUAACCAGCCACUCUAUGAAGCUUUUGUUAAUGAACUUGCUCCCAGAGGGCACUUUGUAACCUGUGUUCAGGCUUCUGAUGCAGACAUCUCUGAUUUUGACAGGCUAAGAUAUAACAUUCUUUCUGGAGAUGAUAGGAUGAACUUUAUAAUGGAUCCUGAAACAGGAGUCAUCUCUCUGUCACACCAACGUUUGCAGCGCGUACAGCAGAUAUACAUGCUCAAUGUGUCUGCAUCAGAUGGAGUGUUCACUAGUACAGCACAGGUAAACAUCCGGAUACUGGGGGCUAACCUACAUAACCCUGUCUUUAGCCAGAGAUUUUACCUUGCUGAGAUACAAGAGAAUGUACCUACAGGAACUAAGGUUAUUCAGGUGCAGGCCACAGAUGAGGACACUGGAUUUUUUGGUCAGAUAAUGUACUCAUUUAUCAAUGACCUUGGAAAGACUCUGUUUAUUAUAGGAGCAGAUGGAGUGAUCACCACUGCCCAAAAAUUAGACAGAGAGAAUCCAAUGAACAGGGACAUUAUGCUGAAAGUAAUGGCUCUGGAUGGAGGUGGAAGAGCAUCCUUCUGUAGUGUUAGAGUAAUGCUAACAGAUGAGAAUGAUAAUGCACCACUCUUCAGGGCAGCAGAGUAUAGGAUUAGCAUUAAAGCUAAUAUAGCCAUUGGUAUACUUGUGACUCAGAUCCAGGCUCAGGACCCAGAUGCUGGGGACAAUGGCAAGGUGACUUAUUCACUGUACAGCGAGGCAAGGCUUCCUCUAGUGGAUGUGUUAGAAAUUGAGCCUGAUAGUGGGUGGAUGGUCACAAAGGGAAGCAUGGCUCAUUUGAGAGGAACUGUUCUAUCAUUCUUUGUCAAGGCCACAGAUGGAGGAGUCCCUUCUAAACACUCUUUGGUGUCUGCAUUCAUCCAUGUACUGCCACCUGAUGCUAACAUACCAGCAUUCACUCAGCCCCAGUACUCCUUUACUGUACUAGAGGAUACACCAAUUGGGACAGCUAUAGGUUCAGUGUAUCUGAGUCCAGGUCACACAGCAAUUUUUGCUGUGGUAAAUGGGGAAACAGUAGAGAGCAAUCAGGGUAAAAUAUUUAUAAUGGAGAGAGAAACUGGGGUUCUCAAGCUUGAUAAUACACUAGACUAUGAACUGGUCAACAUCUAUCGCUUCAAAGUGUCUGCCACCAUGAGAGAAGAUCUUGUAGAAUCCAUGUCUGUAGUUGAUGUGGAGGUGAAAGUCCUAGAUGUGAAUGACAAUAAGCCUUCCUUUGAGACUAGCUCAUAUGUAGCUACGGUAAUGGAAGGCAUUUCUGUAGGUACAAGGAUCAUGCGGGUACGUGCUCUGGACCCCGACUGGGGCUCAAAUGGCCAGGUUACCUACAGCCUUGGAUCAAUUUUCAAUCAUGAGAAAGAGCAAACCUCUGAGAGAACCUCUACUAUCAAUACCAUGUUUGCAGUUGAUAGUAUAACAGGAUGGAUCACCACUCUUGGAGACAUGGACCAUGAAAUAUGUCCAUCUUACACAUUCAGCGUGGUUGCGUCAGAUCUAGGGGAGACAGUCUCUCUCUCUUCUACUGCUGUGGUUACUGUUGCCAUUGCUGACAUCAAUGACAACCCUCCUAUCUUUGAGAGGGACUACUACAGGGCUGCUGUGAGGGAGAGUGACCCAAUAGGAGAAGUAGUGUCUGUCCUCAGUACCCGAGACUCAGACACCUCUGAUCAGAAUAGGCUGGUCAGCCUCCACAUCACAGGAGGGAACCCUAGGUUGGUGUUUGCACUAGUUUCAGUGCAAGGAGUGUGGAAGUUGUCUGUGAAGCGGCCACUGGAUAGGGAAAAACAGGAUCGAUAUCUACUCAAUAUCACUGCCUGUGACAGCUUAUUUGCUACCCAGGUGAUUGUAGAGGUCAUCAUCAUGGAUGCCAAUGACAACAGUCCCAUAUGUAACCAGGCUAUAUAUGAUGCCUCAUUUCCAGAGGACAUACCCAUUAAUUAUGGAAUUCUGACUGUUGGGGCUACAGACUCUGACAUCGGCACCAAUGCAGAAAUUCAGUACUCCUUAUUUGGCAUAGGAGUUGAAGACUUCUACAUGGAUACUAUCACUGGUGAGCUGAAGACUGCCUCUCUGAUUGACCGGGAAAGGACUCAGACAUAUAAUCUUAUAGCCCAGGCUACAGAUGGAGGUGGCUUAUUCUGUCGCUCUGAGAUCAUUCUCACUGUAAUAGAUGUAAAUGACAAUGCUCCAUCUUUCGUUUUCACUGAGUUUCUAGCCAGUGUAUUUGAGAAUGCUGCACCUAAAACCCUGCUAACACGCCUGCAAGCUGAAGAUCCUGAUGAGAGCCUGAACAGAAGAAUCAUGUACUCUCUAGUGGACUCUGCUGAUGGUGUCUUCUCCAUUAACCCUUUUUCUGGAGUGGUAAUUCUGGAGAAGCCUUUGGAUCGAGAGAUCCAAGACUCAUAUCGGGUGAGGGUCCAGGCUGCAGACCAGGCAGGGGCAGCCAGCUCCCUCUCCACACAGGUAGACCUCAUUGUCAUGGUUCUGGACGUGAACGAUAACCCGCCAGUCUUCCAGAAGCAGGACUAUGCUGUUACAGUGCCUGAGGAUGUCGCUGUGGGAACAGAGCUGUUGAGGGUCUUUGCCUCCAGUAAAGACAUUGGUGUCAAUGCUGAGAUCUACUACAGUAUCAGUACAGGCAACGAACUUGGGAAGUUUUACAUUAAUAAGACCAUAGGCACCAUCUCAGUGGCUGAUGAUUUGGACUAUGAAGUGUGUAAAGACUUUUUCCUCAAAGUUGAGGCUGUGGAUGGUGGAACCCCUCCUAUGAAAACAUCCACGAUCAUAAGCAUUGAAGUGUUGGAUGUUAACGAUAAUGCACCUUCCUUUAGUGAGGAGAUUUAUAAUGUUCUGGUCAGCGAAGACGCUGCCAUUGGACAGACAAUCACUAGGUUAUUAGCUGAAGACCUUGACAGCCAAAUGAAUGGGCGAAUUACUUACUCAAUCUUGAGAGGAGACCAAGGGAACCAGUUCUGGAUCGAUCCUGUCACAGGACUACUGAAGGUCAACAAGGCACUUGAUAGAGAGAAGGUCUCCAGCUACACGCUGUUAGUCCAGGCAUUCGAUAGUGGAUCUCCUGCGAUGUCCACAACAGCAACUGUGAACAUUGAUAUUGCCGAUGUGAACGACAAUUCUCCAGUGUUUUCCCAAGAGAAUGCUUCAGUAGUUAUUCAGCUGAACAAACCUGCAGGUACCACCAUCCUGACACUGUCUGUCUCUGAUAACGACUCUCCACGAAACAGAGGCCCUUUUGAAUUCCUAAUUGUAUCUGGGAAUGAGGACAAUGCAUUCAUCCUGGACAGGAAUGGAGAGCUGCGCUCAAACAAAGUGUUUGGACCACAUGCCACAAGGGAGUAUGUCCUUGAGAUACAGGCAUGGGACUCUGGGAAGCCUCGCUUGUCAUCAUCCUCUUUCGUGGUUGUACGUGUGAUUGGAGGAAGUGUCUUUAAGCCUGUGGUCUUUCCUCUGGAGAUCAUUAUAGUGAUGGUGGAAGACGUGUUUCCUGGUGGCAUCAUUGGUCGGAUCUACGCCAGUGAUGAAGACGAAAAUGAUGUGUUGUCUUUCACACAGCAGCCUCAGCCAAAAAGCCUGUUCAGGAUUGACCGACAGGAUGGCAAGAUUGUGGCCCUGAGUGGCCUGGAGCCUGGCAGGUACUUCAUUAAUGCCACGGUCAGUGACGGACGUUUCUCUGAAACAGUGGGUGUAAAGGUGCAGGUGGAGGUGGCCACAGAGGAAAUGGUGCAGAACGCUGUCAUUCUGCGCUUCCAGGACCUCUCUCCUGAGGACUUUGUAGGUAUAUACCUAAAACAUUUGAAGAGAACGCUCCAGAAUGCACUGGUUGGGGCCGGAGUGGCACAGACCCCAGAGCCUAUGCACAUUAUAGGGGUGCAGUUGGUGGUACAGUCUUCCCAGCUGGAGGUGCUUUUGGCAGUGGAGGCACAGGAGGGAGGGUAUCUGGGGCCUGGGGAGCUGGCACUGAGGCUGGGUGAACUGCGGGAAAAGCUAGGAGGAACACUGCAGCUGAUGGAAGUGCUAGAUCAGAGCUGCUCAGGAGAAUUGGACUGUGGUGAUAGUGUGUGUGAGCUAAGCCUGAAGCUGGAACCUGCUGACUUGAUCACCUAUGGUACCUCUAAAGUGAGCUUCGUCUUGCCACAUUUCCAGCGCACAGAGACAUGCAUCUGCUCAGGUGGAAUAUGUUCCAAAUCUGCAGAGCUUUGUGAAGGCCAGGCCUGUCCUCCUGACAUGCAGUGUGUACGCAGUGCCUCAACAGUUCCCUCUGCCUGCCAGUGCCUGCCUGAAACUCUCCACCAGUGUGCAGGUCAGACAUCUCUGAGUUUUUCAGGGAACAGCUAUAUAAAGUACAGAGUGACUGCCAGCAGUAAGGUUCAGGAUAUGAAGGUCAGCCUGAAGAUCAGAACACUGCAGAAUAGAGGAGUCAUAAUGUACAGACAUGCUGAGCCCUGUCAAAUGCUAAAGCUUGAGGAAGGGCGCCUCUGGUUCCAGUUGGACUGUACCAACAGCCUGGAUGUACUGGGCUUCCCUGGGCACCCCAUAAAUGAUGGUGCGUGGCAUGCCGUGGCCAUGGAUCUGACUUACAACUAUACGUUGCUCUCACUGGAUGACAGCUACGUGGAGCGCUGGCAUGAUGCCCAGGUCCCUGUUCAUCUCUGGCCACUUGACACCAAUGGCUCACUGUUUUUUGGUGCCCAGGUGCCACAGAGAGGUGUGCACAGGCACUCCCGGCCAUAUGACGGUUUCCAGGGCUGCCUGAGUGCUGUAACACUGAACGGCAAUGAGCUGCCACUAAAGAGGAACCGCCAUGGUGAGUUUACCGCCAUCAGUGAGGUGAAGAUGGGCUGCAUGCUCUACCCUAACCCCUGCCUGGGAGUGUCGUGCCAGAACGGUGCCACCUGCAACAGCCUGCCCUCCGGAGCAUUUUCCUGCAGCUGCCCACCACAGUACACUGGCAUGCUUUGUGAGACGGAGGUCUCGUCCUGUGUCCCCACACCGUGUCGGAAUAAAGGAGAGUGUAAAGCUGUGGGCAACACUUUUCUUUGUGGCUGCCCAAAAGGCUUCACCGGACUAAUAUGCGAUGAGGAUGUGAACGAGUGUGACCGGGAGGAGUGUGAGAAUGGCGGCGCAUGUGUGAACACAUUCGGUGCAUUCUACUGCAACUGCACAGCUGGCUUUGAGGGCCAGUUCUGUGGGCAGCCGUCAGCAGAUGUAGUGGGAACACAGGCCGAGAUAUUGUCCUACAUUGGCCCGGCAGAAGUUAUUGGCAUUGGCGUUUUGCUUUUUGUGGUGUUGGUGCUUCUUGUGCUGCUGGCUGUUUUCCAUAAGAAGCUGCUACGCAAGGACUGGGUCAGCACUGAGUCAUCAGGUAUCUCUACAGAGAAUGGCUAUCCCCUACGUGAAAUGUGUGCAAGUGCUGAGGGCACUGGAGGGCCUCCACAGGUCAUGGUGCGCCCUACUGCUUACACAGCACCCCGGUGUCAGGGUGAGAAAACAGCAGGUCUUGUCACCGUGUCAUGCCCACCCCCAAUGGGCACAUUUCAGAUAACGUCGCACAACCUGGGCAUAUCCAGAAGAGGGGUAGCUGUGUGUAGUGUUGCUCCCAAUUUGCCCUCAUUGUUGCCUAAUUUCCCCCUCCGCAAACCUCCUUGGGAGGAUGAUGAGGAUGAUGAAGAAGAUGAUGAUGAAAAUGAGAAUGAAGAAUGUGAAGCUCAGUCCCAAAAAUGGCAAGAUAAAAACUAUCGGGCAGAUGGACAGGAAAUGGGCACAAAAUGGGAGUCCAAUAGUGCAGUGGAAGAAGCCUCGUGUUUUUCAGAUAGCAGUACAAGUGAAGCUCACUCUGUCAGAUCCGACUUCUGUGAUGACAAUGCUUCCAUCGUGACAGUGAUACGGCGGGUCAAUGAUGCAGUGGACAACGCUGAAAAUGAAGUUAAUCCACAUCUCCGUCAAGUGGAUCAAACAUGCGUUGAAUACAUCAAAGAAUACUUUGUCAAUUCAUACCACUGGGAGGCUAAAGAGUGGACUCCUGACACCUUAAUGACAGACCUGGAAUGCACUAACAGACAGCGCUCUCAUACUCCUCCUCUACCAGCUCUUCUUGCCCUUACUCCCAGACUACUGGGUGGAAGCAUCCAUCUAGGUGGCAGUACACACUCUUUGGAGACCAGCUAUCCCUUAUGUAGGUAUGAAGGCCACAGAGACUUCUACUCAUCCUUAUCUAGGGAGAAGUGCCCUGUCCCAGUAUGUGAGGAGUACGAGGAUGAGAAUCUUCCCCAAAGGAGCUAUAAUGAGGGGAUAGCCAAUGCUUCCUCCUAUCACUCUAGGCAUAGGGAAGAAAGGCUUCACAUCUGGAAAGACUCCCAUUCCUUUGGCAGCCAUAGGGCAAUCAGCAGACUUGGGGACAGACGGUCAUUUGGAGCUCAGUGCUCACACAGUAACCAGCACAGCCCAUCUAUGUAUGUAGAUCAGUAUAAACACUACUAG